AUGCAAAUGGCCUCGGAAGCUGAGUCCAAGCAUGUUGUCGAUAUUGACGCCGCCGCGGACCACGACACACCCGCCACGGCCCAUGCGAAAGCCCGCAUCCUGGACGCAUGCGAGCAGAUGGACAUCGACGCUCUCAAGACCCUAGCCGUGUCACCCGGCGGUUUACUGUCGGACGCCUUACGCAGCCAAUCAUGGCCAAUAUUGCUUGGAUUCGACCCGGAGGGUACCGGUGACACCACCGAGAAACCCCCGUCGUGGAGGGAUAUGGAACGGCACAAAGACGAAGAUCAGGUCAAGCUGGACGUUGACAGGAGCUUCGUCUACUACCCUAACGAUAACUCGCAGGCAGAGCUGGACCUCAAGAGAACCGAACUCUCGGACCUCAUCACCGAGGUCCUCCGGCGGCAGCCGUACCUGUGCUACUUUCAGGGCUAUCACGACAUCUGCCAGGUCUUCCUCCUGGUGCUGCCCCCAGCCGCACGCGCACCAGCCGUGGCGCGGCUCUCGGCCCUGCGCAUCCGGGACUUCAUGCUGCCGACCCUCAACCCGGCGCUCUCACAACUACGGCUGAUCCCCUCGAUCCUCGACGCCGUCGACCCGGAGCUGUGCGCGCACCUGUCGCGCAACGAGCCGUACUUCGCGCUGUCAGACACGCUGACCAUGUUCGCGCACAACGUGCAGCGCUACAGCGACAUCGCGCGCCUGUUCGACGUGCUGCUGGCGCGCGAGCAGGUCUUUGGUUUGUACGUCUUCACGCAGAUCGUGCUCGUGCGCCGCGCCGAGCUCUUCGGCCACGACGAGCCCGACAUGCUGCACUUCACGCUGUCCAAGCUGCCCCAGGACCUCGACCUCGAGGUCGUCAUCCGCGACGCCGCGCGCCUCUUCGCCGAACACCCGCCCGAGUCGCUGCGCGCCUGGCGGUCCAUCUCCAGCGCCAGCGCCCUCAAGACCACACGGGACGUGCGCGCGUGCGCCGGCCAGAGCCUCGAGGACGGGCACCGCUUCUUCGACAGGCAGGUCCGGGAGCUCGAGUGGGCUGAUAGGCAAAAGGAGGUGCUGCAGACAGUGUGGACAAACAGGGGGGUUAUACUGACCAUCGCAGUCGGCGUCGGUGCUUUCUAUCUGCGGAGAACGUCGAUGUGGUCGGUUAUCGUCCCUUGGUGGCCAACGAGGCUGGGCGGAUCGUAG